CACAGCCACCAUUCAUUGAACCUUCAAAAUUCAAACAGUUCAACAGUUCCUUGACGGUCACCCUUUGACGUCUAUGCUUUUCUCUUAACUGAAAAAAGCUUAAUAACACAACGACCGAUAUUAUUUAUUUCCCGGUUCCCUUCUCUCUGCCUACACAAAUGAAGGAAAGCUGGUUCGCUUUUGUAAUCUCAGAUGUCACACACACACACACAAAAAAAAAGAGGAAAAAAAAAAAGCCAAAUUGUCAUUAAGUUGACCAAAAAGACAUUUGAUGUUUUUUUGACUUCGUAGGAGAUAUAGGUUUGGUUGGAAUCAGAUGCAUUUCAGACAACCCCACUAGGCUAGGGAUGAAUGAUAAUAUUUAGAAAGAUUGAUCAGAGUUGUUGUUGGAUUUCAGAAGUGGAGUCAGUUGACAAAAACUCACUCUCUCUUUUCACCUUAAUUUGUGGGAGUGUUUGACACGGUUUUUUGUUUGGUCCUGAAGGCAGGGAAGAGACCAAAGGUGGGAGGUCUGAAAUGGGUUUUGGUGUUUGAAAUUAAAUAAGAUUAUUUAGAGGAAUAUUAAAUUCUAGACGUGCUUCAGUUGAGUUUCUUGACGUGUGUUUUGAUUUUAAAGCUUUUGGAGGGAGGGCUCAGAAGAAGGAUAGCAUUUGAAGAGUCCUGAGUUUCUAGAUAAUAAUUCAACUGCAUUAAUAUCUCUUACAUGACUUCUCAAGUUUUUGGUCGGCUAUAAAGAGCUGAGAUUUAGAUUAUAGACAAGUUUUUUUGAUAUGGGUAUUCAGAAAUUGUUUAGACAAGUCUGUGGAAGAACCACGUCCAUUGAAAUUUGAAGACUUUUGCUGCACUUUCAAAGAAUCUUCAUCGAAAUUUAAUAACCCUUUCAUCUCUAAUUCAACUUAAAGAUGGGCUCCAUACAUGGAAUAGAGCGGCUUGUGCCUCUGGUUUUCAUAAUGGCAAUUUUAGCAGCCUCCAGAAUUCCAGAAAUUGCAGGACAGACGAUCUCAUCUAAUAGCUUUGCAACAGGGAGAAAUUUGCUUCAGACAAACAAUGUCUCAGAACCGAUUAGACAGUCAGAUGGUACUGUGAGGGUGGAUCCUUUGGAUAAUUUGAAAAAAUACAGGGGAGGAUAUAACAUCACCAACAAGCAUUAUUGGAGUUCAACUAUAUUUACUGGAAUUUAUGGUUAUUGCAUUGGGGUGCUGUGGUUUUUGUGUGGGAUUGUAUAUGGAGGCUUUCUGUUGGCAACUACUUUUUGUAGUAAAAGUAGAAAGAGUGGAAAGCCAAGGAGAAUACCACCUUCUUACAAGCAGUGUUGCCUCUGGCCUGUUCUCCUUGUCACAUUCUUCACAAUUCUAGCAAUAGCUGCAUGUGGGUUAGUUCUGGGGGGCAAUGCAAGAUUUCACUCACAAGCAAAAACAGUUGUGAACAUUAUCAUAAACACUGCAAAUGAGGCAUCAGAAACCAUAUACAACACGACAGGGGCAAUGAAAGACAUUACAAAUAACUUGGAAGCAGCAGGUGGAAGUCGUGAUGCUUCUGGCGAAGCAUUCCUUACCUCCACAUCUGAGAAACUUGAUGUUCAAGCUGCAGAAAUACAAAGGCAGGCUAAGAAGAACAGGCAUCUCAUCGACAAGGGUCUCAGAAUAGUGUACUUAUUAACAACUGUUACCAUUUCAUUGAACCUGGUUGCGGUCAUAGCUCUCUCAGUGUCUGGAAUCCUGAGGUUUCGCCGGGCACUUCACAUCUUCAUUAUACUAUGCUGGUUCCUGAUGGUUCUGUGCUGCAUCUUCUUUGGAAUGUAUUUCUUCCUAGAAAAGUUUUCAAGUGAUACAUGCACAGCUCUUGAAAACUUCCAACAAAACCCUGAGAACAACAGCUUGAGCUCAAUCCUUCCUUGUGAUGAAUUGCUAUCAGCUAAAUCAGUCCUAUUUGAUGUCAGUGGUGAGAUCUACAACCUUGUUAAUAAGGUGAAUGCAAACAUAUCGCUUUUACAGGGAACAUUAUAUCCAAAUCUUGUUCAUGUCUGCAAUCCUUUCUCUGCACCACCAGAGUACCAAUACCAGCCAGACAACUGUCCAGCUAAUACAAUUCGAAUAGGAGACAUCCCAAAGGCAUUGAAGUUAUUAACUUGUUCUGAUGCCAACAAUGGGACAUGUGAAAGUGGGCAAUAUAUGUCCAGUGUUGAUUAUAAGACAGUAGAGGCUUACUCAAGCUCAAUACAAAAUCUACUAAAUGCAUAUCCAGGCAUUGAAAGUCUUAUAGAAUGUCAGUCAGUUAAGGAUGCCUUUUCUGAGAUCCUGCUUAAACACUGCAAACCUUUGAAGAGGUAUGUUAAGAUGGUUUGGGUGUCAAUGCUCAUCUUGUCACUAAUCAUGGCAUUUUUGGUUCUGAUAUGGAUAACAAAAGCUCACCAUGACCAGAACCCUCACUUUUCAGAUGCUUCUGUAAAACCCCAUUUGGCAACAGCGAAUAUGCUGGAAACAGGUGCAGCUAAAGAAGUUAACAGUCACACAAACUCUAGUAUAGUCUAAAAAUUAGGAGCAAGGAGAAAUGUACUUCCGAACGGUUGCUCGUUGACGUGACAUUGAAAAUUACCAUUGGAUUUUGGACAAAUUUUCAUUUGUUAUUUUAUCCAAUGGUAAUUUUUACUAACACGUCAGGGAGUAAACAUUUGGAAGUACAUGUAACAUUUCUCAUGGACUAAGUCCUAGGAAAAUACUGGAAGGAAAACGCGCAAGCCACUUCCAAAACUCAAAGUAGAGAUAAUCAUACAAGAUUGUAAAUAUACAAAAAGAAAGUAAAGAUCAAGAAGAAUAUUGAUACUGUAAAAUCUUAGGAGGGGGGAAAUGAGUUUGGUUCAGUCAGGAAAUUUUUUUUGUAACUGAUAUGCAAUUCUUUCCUUCUUUGAUAUAGUAUAGGGUCAAAUCAGGGGACCAACCCCACUAUGAAUUGUAAGGAAAUAUGUUGAGCAAGAAUAUAUUUCUACCUAGUUCAAUUUUCCAUGGCA